CAGAAGGGCUUUUAUAGGAUGUACUUCAGAAGGCCUUUUGGAGGAGUUCAUUGAGUUUCGCAAUGGCAGCCCUAUUUAAACAAUAAAUCCUACUUGCACAUCUGUUGGCCAAACACUUUCAUUUGACUCCUUAGUUUUGAAAAUGGGAUGAACGGUGCUAAUCUGAUGCAAUUACUUACUUACAGUACUUACAUUCACUUAUGGACUUGAGCGAGAGCAGUGAACGUUUGCGAACGUAUGGAUGCAACUUAUAGCUACUAAUAUGAACGCACGCUGUUUGAUUCAUCAAUACAAUACCUUACCAGCAACUUACACCUUACCCGGCGGUCCUUACCAUUUCACUGACGAAUCUCCCUUACUUUAACAAAGACGUGGCAGCCUUAUGUUCUUUGUAGAAUAUUAUGGAUCCAAAUAGACAUCACGAGUUCAUUGGUGGCAAUGAAGAAAAACAAAGUGCAAUGUAUUUUAGUAGAGGAAUCGAAGAAAGUCGAUCAAAUACUCAAUAUUACUCACAGGAGAGAGUUAUCGUUAAUAAUAAGUCUUGCAUGUGUCCAAGCAUGUCACAUAAUAAUACUGCGUGCAAUGCAUGCCCUUCAGCAGCAGAUGGCAAUUGGAAUUCAGAGCGCACAUCGAGAAUAGAUUUUCAAGCCACAAGUACAGCUCGGGAAAAAUUUAAUCAAAAUCCGAUGUAUUCCCAUGAUGGGCGACAAUACUUCCAGCCGAACAGUGAAAGUAUUGUAGGAUUACAACAAGAUAGAAAUGCAGUCUCUAGUAAAAGUUGUGCCUUGGAGUCAAAUUAUAGUUUCAAGCAGCAAUUUCCGCGUCAGCAACCACAACCCCAGCCACAGCAAAAUCUCAUGCAAAUGCAAACGCAAUCGAAUAUAGCCAAUGUGGCAAAUCUGCCACCGCAACAACUACAGCAAAAGCAUCAUCAACACCUUAGUGCAAUUGGUAACUAUCCUAAGGAGAAUAUUUACGACGAAAAGUAUUCAGCGAGACCGGACUUGUAUAAAGAUGUAAAAAUCGGCUACUCUACUAUUCCCGAUCAUGGGGCAGUAAACACAAUGUAUAAUGAGAUAAUACAAAGCCAAAAGUCAGCUUCAGCGCCCGUGGACAUAAUACGCGUAAAUAAAAUGGAUCCUAGCAAUAUUAUAAACCCCAGUAACUCGAUGACUUUGAAAGAACAACAAGCAAGUCCGAAUUAUGCUCGUAAAUGUCCGCAAAUUUUUUCACAAACCGAUUACGGUAACACGCGCACGACGCAUCAAAGCUUAUAUAUGUCAACACCACAAUUCAGUUCAGAUAAAUUCAGUAAUAUUCACGCGCAGAGAAAAAUUAUGCAUGAAACAGAAGUGAAAGUUCGCGAUUGUGCCUCUGAUGAAGUGAAGAUGAACAAAAUGUCUUCUUUAAGUGGUUAUACAUCUCAAAGUGGUGGUAGUAAAUAUCACCACCCACAAAUGCACGAAACCACAUUGCAACAAUCACAAUUAGCUCCUCACCACCAGGAACCACUAUUGAAUAACGUCAACCCGUCUAUUUCUCGUAGUCAAAACUACUAUAUGCCAGGUGCCAAGUCGCAAAUCACUUCUGUAUCAGAAAUAACCCCGAUUAGCGUAAAACAGGUGCAAAUUACAAGUCAGUAUUCGAAAAGUCCGAAAGCUCUACCACCACACACGCAAUUUCAACCGUUGUCACAUUUGCACCACGCAGCGAAAAGUACCACCCAUGAUUUGACGAAUUUUAAAAAGAACGAGGACAUAUAUACUGAAACUCCUAUGCUACAUCAGAAUAGUGGGCUAUAUGCUAACCCCUACAAAAGGGCAUCUCCGACGGACUCAUGUUGCAAGGACAUCCCUGUGUCUUAUGUCAAUAUGAGUAAUAGCUUUACUGAACAUACCGGUCAGCACUUCUACUAUAAAUAUGGUAAAAUGACAAAGGAGACAGUAACAAAGACCCACUUAUGCCCAGAAAAUCAAAAUACUCCCCCACCUACGCCUGUUCAUCGGACUACUGGCUACAAAGCCCAACCGUACUUUUAUGAAACUCAAAACAUUAAGUACGAUGGAAGCGUUCAUAAUACUAAUUUUAAUAUGUCACCCUCUGUGGCAGCUGUAGCCUCGCCUUCACCGUCACAAACAACGCCACCAACCCACAUACAAAUGCAUCACACGAAUCUGACUCCACAGAGUCAAUCACAAUCGCCAGCGAACUACACUCAAAUAAUUCGUCCACCGCAACAUAAUCAAAUGGAAAUUCAUCGCGAUCCCGUUCGAACGCAUUCUGAAAGUACGACUAUACAUCCAGCGACAAACUUCUGUGCAUAUGACCGGCAACAACAAAGUUCUAAACCAAUCAUCUUGCAUCCUGUGGUCAUACCGCCUAUCCAACAAGGGCAACCCAUUGACCCUCCAAUGCAAUCUAAAACAAUUUCAAAUAUAGCGAGCCAAGGACAGAAAGCAAAUGCUAUCAAGAAAUCUCAAGUCCCAAAAACAAAUUACCGAGAGUUAAUAAACCAAGUAUAUGCAAUGAGGAGUGCAACAUCGGAAAAAGAAUUAGACUUGCAAAUUAUUAAAAAGGCUUUGAACUCCGCGACUGGGCCAACGGGAACCCCACCAAUAGAGAAAUUGCCACAAAGCGUUGCAGUUACGAACAACGGUACUUUGCCACCGCCUAUUAACCCCCCAAUGACUUCGGAAUAUGGGAUGGUCUCUUCGGAAAAUGGCUUUUUAGUGGAAAAUGUAUCUACUGCUCCGCGCAAUUCGCAGAAAAUUUGCGUUAAAGCAACGUUACCUGAUAUGCAUCGUACGAUCAAGGUUGAGGAACCUUCAAGUUCAUCGCCAUUAGAUUUAUCAAUGCGAACGGUUAAAACGAAGGCCGAUUCCACUGAGUAUUGUUAUAGUCAGACACUUAUGAAAAAUCAUCUAGUAGACUAUAAGCACGCCCUACCAAGGGUAAAUUUUACACCAAACUUUUCGCUACACUCUAAUGAUAGGACAGCUGUGCCUAAAAUUGUAAUUAAUCAGCAAAGUCCACAUUUGAAAAAUUUACCUGAAGCUCCAAAAGCAACGUUCGUGCCUGUUGGAUCGAAAGGUAUAUCAGUGCAAUCACAAUCAACUCAUCAUCAGAAGCAAUACUUAACUGAAGAUACCUCCAGAGCUUGCAUUGUCACUCAACACAGUGAGCUGGCUCCGAUAACUGAUAUAAAACCAAACUCUAUGGCAUUCAAAACGUCAGAUGAUGGUGUAAUGAGUCAGGUUCGUCCCAGCGUUGUAGAAUCUAACCCAUUCGCAACAGUGAAGUUAAUAAAAUCUGAACCAAAUUCUAUGAACGACAGAAAUGUACUUGCAACUGCCGAUAAUUUUAAACCCACCACAAAUAUUAUGCAGCUGCCGAAACCCCUGCUAUUGAGGGGCACUGAAACUGCUUGUGUACCAGCUUAUUGCGGAGGUGUCAUAAAAACCGCAGACAAGGUUACUCUGGUAGAAAUUGAUCAAGCCCCAAAUUCCUUGAACAAAGCACACGCGAAUGAGCAGCGGAAUCCUAACUAUCUUGGUCGCAAGCGUCAUCUUCAAGAAUACUCAAAUUCACAGCGUAACGAACCAUUGGUUAAACAGACCCGAUAUCAGGAACAGGAUGGCUCACCAAAAGUUAAAUUGCUACCUAUUACCAGCACAUCAACGACGGUUAUAGCAUUAAAUGAUCGGGCAAUAGACGGAGACAGAGAGCGAGAGCAGAAUGUAAAAACAGGUGAAAAGUUCAUGCAAUCCGAAUUAAUCCCCUGCUGUCAACGGGAAAGCUCCAUAAUUAUCAAUAAUAAUAUUCCUAUCUGUAAGAUAGAGCCGUUAACACCAGCUAUGGAUACGCCUGCACCACCGGUUUUACAUCCAGUUCAAAUGGUUCCAAUUAAAACGGAAACUAAUUCAGUGAUAGCCGCUCGCAUUAGAACUAAAGCGGAACUGAAAGGUUUUACUUUCAAUAUACCGAUAGAUGUAGUAAGUACCGUUAAAGAGCCUAUACAAAUAAAAGAGGAGCCAAGUACUUGUCAAACUUCCAACUCAGACUUACCGUCUAUUCCGGGGCUAGAUCAGCAGUACGAUUCGAUUAGUCUUUUAGACUUCAGUUGGAAUAAUAAAUGCACCGACUUUAUGGAACAGUUACUUACAAGUUCGUUAAAGAAGUGUUCCAAACGGCGGCCUGGUAAUAAUAUAACACAUAUAGUGGAAGGAUGUCAAAUUUCUUCGAAUGCAAAAGAUGUACCUUUAGAGCACAGCACUCAAAAUGUGGAAUCGACUGAAAGUAGCAAAUCAUCUGAUAUGGCCGAAUCGGUGAAUGAUAGCGCCAUGAGGAGCGAACGUACGGCCGGCAUGUCUCCAGAAGGCCAUUCAUCACAGUCAGCAAUUGUUGUCAUGCAGAAAAAAAUAAGUAAACAAGAUCGAGGAAAAAUACGGCUGCAGCAAGAAAAACGGAUCGCCGCUCGUUUACAAGUGGAUAGUAGUUCAGAGAGUGAUGAUGAAAUUCAUAAAAGAAAAACGGACCGAUCAAAGAAGUCGCUGAAGAAGGCUAAAGCUCGGCAAAGCCCGCAGACAGACAUAAAUCAAUAUUCGGAUUGUGGUUCCGAUUCUUCUGACACUAAUUACGGAGGAAAUUCUCCAGCAAAAGUUCCUCCACAAACGAUUGAUAAAAGCGAUGUGAAUUCUAAUUCAAAAACGAAAUCGAAGGUCAUCGAUAUUCAGGAAACUAUAGCAAAAGCAGAAUUCCGGGAUAAGUGCCAAAAUAACGCAACUAAAAAUACCAUUUUGAUAUCUGGUGAACCAAAAUCAUCUGAAAGUGAAGAUUCGCCUAAAUCGUCUUCUAAAAUAAGUCAGAAAGGAGAAACUCAAAAUAUAAAUAAAUGUAAGGAAGUAAAACAAGAGAAGGCGGAAAAAGUAGCACAAAAGAUUUCUGAAAAUAAAGAAGAAAUUGGGAAAGGUGCAAAGAAACCCAAAGUGCUUUUAAAAGUAGGUUUAAAUACAAUGACGCGCUCCAAGCGAAAGCGGGAAAUGGAGCUGCAGUUGGCGAAUAGCAAAGUAUUGCGAAACGAUAAAAUUAUUCGCAAUUCCACGACUAAAAUGAAGUCAAUCAAACGAAAAUAUGUUCGCAAGUUUGUCAACAAUCAAACCUCUGUAUCGGCUGUUUGCAAGGAGCUCUCUAAUAAACAAUCUGAUCGUGAGCUUUCAAUGCGUUUGCGCUCUAGAAAUGAGAAGGAUGUAAAAGGGGGGGGCAAAACUGACAAGGUACCUGUUUCGAAUAAUAAGAAAACGAACAAAGCAACGAUUGCAGUUGAUAAGGAUGAUUGUCAAAAUGGCAAACAUAAAGUCAAGGAACGUCCAACAGAUUUGUUUUUAGAGGUUUACCGCUAUAAGCGCUCGUUGAAAAUUCCACCAAACCUAAUCACAAUAGAGCAUCCGCACAAUCUAAAAAUGGCUGCGUCUCUGCCCGAUCUGGAGAUCGAGCGUGAUUUUUCUGCAGCCAGCACUAAUAGAAGUGCCAAAUUUGCAAAAUCUAUCGAAAAAUUACUUCAAAAAUCAACACCAAAUAUCAGUGAGAAAUCUUCAUUGACCUCCAAAACCGAACAAGAACAGCAAUUGCAUGAGGAGAGACGUUCUAUAAUUGAUGUGCUUCAUUCACGUGUUAUAAAAACAAAGGUUUCCGCCAGUUCAAAACCUAAGAGCAAGAAAAGUGCAAGCAAUUUCGGUAUUGGGAGCCAAGUCCAUAGUGAUGUUUCGCAUAGUGCGGAAUCGAGUUCGGUUAUGGAAAUGCUUUCAAUCCCUAUGAAGAAGGAACAGGACGAAGAAUCCAGUGAUGGAAAGAAACGACAUUUCAGCAUUUUUGAGACAACUGUUUUGAAAACUAAAACUCGAACUGAGUCAAAAAUGCAACAGCGCAAAGAGAUUAUACGAGAGAUUUUUGUUGGCGACGAUCGACCUGCUUCCGCUCCACCAGAAAUAAUUACCCAAAUGUCGGAUGGCAACGAAAAAAUGACAUUCGAACAAAAAUAUGAACAAUUUUUGCAACACUACAUUGUUAUUAACGACGAUAAGUUGAGAAAGAAUGGCAAGGCAAGCACUGUUUCUUCACAUUCUGUUGCGGACUCGAUCUCAGCAUCAACAUCGACUGCGAAUCAUGGAAAAGUUAACAUUAAUGACGAGGAAGACACGUUGGCAAGUAAUGGCGUAGCAGAAACACUGGAUACUAGUGCUGGUAACAAAGCUAAUUUUGUAGUCGAUGUUGCAACGUCUAGCUUCAGAAGACGUCGGCCUGGAAAGUAUCUACGUCGAAAAGGAAGCUCUGGGUUUGAUUACAUACGCAAAAAGAAGAAACCCAAUCCGACUUCUUCCAUGAACCUUAAUUCCACUCAAAAUUUGCAAAUACUGGUCAAGCUUGACAGGAGAACAGAGGAUGAAAAUUAUGAAAAAAAGGUAAAGACCGAGAGUGAUGUGCGUCGUGAAAUAGGUAAAUGGGUGCUUAAUAAGAGCGUUGGCCAGACCACAGUGCACAAAGCGGCACGUCUGGGAUACAUAGAUGUUGUUGUAUACUGCUUAGAUCGUAUGGGUAUUAAUCCGGAUCAGAAAGAUAAUGCUGGCUAUACACCACUACAUGAAGCCUGCACGAAGGGCUGGCUUGAGAUCGCUAGGAUUCUUUUGCAGUAUGGCGCAAAUCAUUCGGAAGCAGCACAUUCGGGCAUUCGACCGUUACACGAGGCAAGUGAAAACGAUCACGAAGAGAUUGUCCGUUUGCUGCUUUCGUAUGGGGCUGACCCUCUACUCGCUACAUAUUCAGGUCAAACGCCUUUAAUGCUGGCCUCAAGCACUGCAAUGCGUGAUCUUCUCAACAAUCACUUGAGUGAUGUGCAGAAUGUUGGACCAGACAAAAAACCCUGGCAUUUUAGAGGACCAUGGGAGAUUUUAGAUUCUUCAAUAUAUGGUUAUGAUAUAUUCGGAGGAGCACCGAAUUUUAUAUGUGAUAUGAGCAGAGCUCUUAGAAAAAGUUCAGUAUCUAAUUCGAUAACGAACAAAAAACAAUUAAAUUCGUAUGUAGAGGCGGGCAAUAAUUGUAAGACUAUGAUGGAAAAUUGUGCAGUCGUGCUUGACAAUAUUGGCCGAUUUAACUCUGUUCGAUUGUAUAAUGACAACAAGCCGGAAAUUUUGGUAGAAAAUUCGGACAGCGAAGGGGAAAUAUUCGAAUUUGAGGAGGCAGAUAUUUUGCUACCACCCUUAUAUUUACUCAAAGACGAAGGCACUGACAAAUGGGUUCUGUUGAGUGAUUUGUGCAACUUGCUCAAAGUAAAAUCUAAAGAUACUCUUUUGAAUAAGAUAUAUCCACCUUCUUCAUCAGCGUCUUCCGCACACAAAAGUCUGAUGAGGGAACUUAAGCUGUCAGAUUUUUUGGAGAGAGCAACGUGUUUGCAACUUCUAUGCGCUGGGGAAAAAAUAAAUAUAUGCGCUUCAAAGGUUGUUUUGAUUAAAUACAACGAUAGCGUUCGAAAUUUAUUAGGUGUAAAAACAAUAUUGAUGAAGUUUUAAAAAAAAGUAAAAUAAAUUAUGUGUAAAGAACGUGAUACUAAGGUGCUAUACGAAAAAGAUUUUGAAUGAAGUGUAGAUAACCUGCAUAUUUAAGUAAAUAUGUUUUAAUAUAAAAUGAGAAUAAUCAAAGGAAAUAUUAUUAAAAAGAUUGUAAAAAAUGUGAGGGAAGCAAAGGAAGAGCAUAUAAUUGUAAAUGUAUUUGUAAGUAGUAAGAUACGAAAAAUUAUGUUUAUGACCCACAAUUAAUUAUAAAAGUGCAUAAUAUUUUCAUAAUAUAAAGAGAUGCCGUUUUAAUACAAAGUGUACGCUAAUUUUUAAUAUUAAAAAUAACAGUUUGAUUUCAAAUACAAAUUCAUAA